ACAGCUCAGUCGGUACUCAGCUUCCCUUUUUCGCAGUGUCACAGGCUCCAAACUGAAAACACUCCAUUUCCCUGGUGAACAGCCCACCACGCUUCAGUCAGGUGCUUUCAUGGCUUUGAAAUUACAUUCCGGUUUUCGCUUUGCACGGUUUAUCCGCUCACUCGGCUUUGUACAACUCUUACAUGUCAGAGAGUGGUAGACUCUCCUGCUUCCCGGCAGGCCUCUCUGUUCACCGAGUGAGUUUCAAUCCCCACGCCGGUGUUGGGUGGGUCCAACUCGGCCACUGAGGCUCCAUGGCUAGCCUGUGUUCUGGGUGAAUUAAAGCCACACAGAGGGAUGAAUCACAUCGGUGGGAAACUGUUGAGCUUGGAUGUCACUGCUACCACAGUUUGGCUGUCAGAAUGAACGGCACUCAGCAGAGUGAUACCAAGAGACAACACCUCCUGGAGAGGCUGCUGGAUGCUGUCAAACAGUGCCAAAUUCGCUUUGGAGGAAGAAAAGAGAUCGCCACAGACUCAGACAGCAGAGUGAUCUGUCUGUGUGCCCAGUUUGAAGCGGUGCUGCAGCACGGCCUGAGGAAAAGCAGAGGUCUGGCCCUCACCGCCGCAGCUCUCAAGCAAGCUGCGGGCUUCAGCAGCAAGACUGAAGCAGAGUUGACCUUCUGGUUUUAUGUGAAGGAGCAUCUGAACCGCCACGAGCUCCAGCGCUUUUACUCACUACGCCACAUUUCCUCCGAGCUGGGCCGGGGUCGUGCAUGGCUGCGUUGCGCCCUCAAUGAGCACUCGCUGGAGCGCUACCUGCACACACUGCUGGCUGACCGCCCACGACUGGGAACUUACUAUGAAGACUGGGCUUUUAUUCUCGAUGAAGAGAGAGCAAGUAUGCUCCCCACCAUGGCUGCAGGCCUGAACUCCAUCCUGUUUGCCAUCAACAUCGACAACAGCGACCUGAACGGCGGGGUGGCGCGAGGAGGGGGCUCGUCGGUUUCCCACCUCCUCAAGGAGUCGACGCAGGGCAUCGGCAGCCUGUGGAAGGAGUCGACGCAGGGGGUCAGCAGCCUGCUGCGAGAGAUCAGCACAGCCACGGCUGUGGUGCCCGGCUUCACCCCCAGAGUGGACGGAGCGUCAGACCCGCUGCCUGUCCUUCCACGCAGCACCUCUGCUGACUCAGGGCUGAGGAAAGAGCGCCGCAGGAAAAAGAAGAUCACCAACAUUAUUUCCUUUGAUGAUGAUCUGGAUGGAGGGGCGGAGGAUGAGGAGGAGGGGGAGGAGGACUCGCAGAAGAUGGGCACGAUGAGGAAGAGUCAUACAGCUCCGGCUCAGAGCAGUGUAGAGGAAGGGAUAGACCCUUUGGAGCCGGCAUUCUCCCAGUCACCGGCCCAGAACGGCCUGGUUGAGCCGGGCAUAGUCAGCUGGGUGGGGUCCCCACAUCCCUCUCGUACGCCUCCCACAGCUACGCCUCCUCUGCCCGACAGUAAGAGUAUAGACAACGAGGAGGAGGAGGAAGAGGAGGAGAUGUACAAACCCAGAGCACAAACCCAGGAGGAGGAGAGGAUCAGCUCUGAUCAGGUGGUGGUGGGAAGUCUGUCCAGUGUAUCCACGUGGAGCCCUCUACAGGUGAUGACAAACCACAGCAGCUCAGACAUCCUCAUCCCCCUGAACCCUGCAGACCCUCAGCCAGUGAGCUCUGUGGAGGACACGGCUGCAUUUCCUGCUCAGUGUGAGUCGACAGGACCGGUGGGAAACUGCGAGAGCAGCAGAUCGGAGCUCACAUUCAAUAUGGAGUCCAGUCCACCGACGCAGUCCGCUCCACUCUCCAGCGCGCUGCCAACAUCUGGUCUGCCAGAGUCCAUGACAGUGGUGGAGCUGCGUCAGGCCAUUGUAGCCAUGAUGAACAGGAAGGACGAGCUGGAGGAACAAAACACGUCUCUUCGCUGCCUGCUGGAUGGGGAGAUGGAGCACUCAGCAGGCCUGAGGCAAGAAACCGAUCUGCUGAAGAAGAAGCUGGCAGAGCUGGAGGAGAGACACACAGCCAAGGUCCAGGCACUGGCCAGGGAGAAUGAGGUCCUGAAGGUCCAGCUGAAGAAGUAUGUGGGGGCGGUGCAGAUGCUGAAGAGAGAGGGGAGCCAGGGCAAUGACGCCCUGUCAAUGUUGCGGUCAAGUGAAGAGCAAGCCCCUGUCCAGCAGAAUAAGUUCAUGGGUGACAUAGAAGAGCUGGCUGCCAGCUAUGAGCGUAAACUCAUAGAGGUGGCUGAGAUGCACGGUGAGCUGAUAGAGUUUAAUGAGCGCCUGUACCGUUCCCUAAUGGCCAAAGACCACCUCAUUGUCCAGAUGAGACAGGAACUCAUUGACCUGAGAGGACCGGUCCCAGGUGAUUUAAGCCAGACAUCAGACGACCCCAGCUUGUCAGAUUUUGAGACGGCUCAUCGCGCUCUCAUCAACGUGUGGAUCCCCUCUGUGUUCCUGCAGGGCAGAGCUGCCAACGCCUACCACGUCUAUCAGGUGUACAUCCGCAUCCUGGACAAUGAGUGGAAUGUGUACAGACGUUACACAGAGUUCAGGGAGCUUCACAACCACCUGAGGAGCCAGUUUCCCCAGGUGGACACCUUCAACUUCCCACCCAAGAAAGCCAUAGGGAACAAGGAUGCCAAGUUUGUGGAGGAGAGGAGGAAGCAGCUGCAGGGCUACCUUCGCAUGGUGAUGAACAAACUGAUCCAGACGCUGCCGGAGUUCACAGCCCGCCCCACCAAGGAGACCCUGCUGUCUCUCCUGCCUUUCUGCCUAGAUACACCCCAGGGCAACGACAGUGGAGCCAAGACACCCCGAUCCAAAACUUCAUCCCGUUUCCCCAGACUGGGACGCAGCCGCAACCAGGAAGCCAGACCAGAACCCCAGAGUGGAGACCUUUAACCCCAGAACCUUUGAAACAAUAAUCCCUCACUGUAAAGGCAGAGGACGGUAAUGUUCCUGUGUGUCUGGACUAUGACACACCUGCUCACACUGUGUGAGGACAUUAAGGGUACCUAACGGACCUUUGAAGCCUUAGAGAUAAAAAAAAAAAAGGCCUCAAUCCAGGAUGGGGCAAUGGGUGCGUUCACAUCGCAUGCCCCUCUAGGUGAAUGUGUAAAUUUUUCUGUGCAUUGCCUGGCUGAGUAAAGGAUUAAUGACUCCCUCGAGGCUGCCUAUCAAUGGACCCAAUCAUACAGCACCUCUUACCUCACUGAGAGACCAAAAGACUCUCCAUAAACUGCACACAGACUAGCCUGGACUGCUCUCAUAUCUCACACGCAAUGAGAUGAUGGGGACAUGUUUGUUUUGUUUUUUUCUUACUCUGCUCAGUUUUGUAGUGAAAGUGUAUCAUGGUCACAGUGCCUACAGUGUUUUGUAGCUGCUUUCCUGCUCUGAAGGGUGGGUGGGUGGGUGGGUGGGUCGGGUAUAUAGAGAGGUGAAGAGGGGUAAAGUAUUCUCUCGGGGGAAUGAGUGUUGUUUUUCAGCUAAUGUGUCAGCAUUAUGGUGCCAUUACAUUUUAGAGGAGGAUGAUUCACAAUCUGUAGUGUGGACCAGCAGGCAAUGGGCAUUCCUUUUUUUUUUUUCUUUUUUUUUACUUCUGUUAUAUUAUUAUUAUGGCUAUUACAGAUAAUCUGCAGAAAGUGUAUAUUUUACAACUUCUCAUAAUGUCACCAGGGAUGCAGUGAUUAUCAAAAAUAUAUUUUAAGUUCCACUUACUGAGCGUGUUAAAAGAUUAGGGUUCAACACCACAGAUAAGACCAAAAUCAUUUAGGGACUGUAUGAAAAUUGAGGUGGUGUGAUGGGUUGAAUAUAUUUCACUUUUUAAAAAAGCAAGACCUUCUCCAGUGUUAUCAGUUGUUGUACCAUAACCUUGACUUACAGAGAAAUACAUAGCAUUGAAAUAAUACAAUACAAUAGAAUUAUGAAUAUACCAGCCCAGCAAUAUUUAGAAUAAAGGGCCUGACUUGAAUUAUAAUUCAGGCCAAGAUGCAUUUGAUUUAAAACUAAAAAAAAUGUUUAACUAAAGUGCUGAAAUAUGAAUUAAUGGUGAGUAAAAAAUAAAAAUAAAAAUCUCUCACAUGCUGUCUCAUUAAAUUCACACCACUGCCCCCCCUAGAAAAAAUAAUACAGGAGCUCCUCCCCCCUUUUCUUACUUCCACGCCCUCACUAAUAAUUUUCACACAGUCCCUUGUUGAGAAAGUUUAUGAGGAAGCAUGAAUUCUUGCUCUUUCCUCUCAGAAAAUCUCUCUCCUCAUAUCCACAUGUCUUAGAUCAGUUUCAAAUACCUGCUAUGAUGUAUCUGAUGAAUUAAUGUCAUAGAGAUUUUUGAUUAGAAAGGAAGGGAAACCCUAUUUUACCUAUUAGCUACUAUUUAAAAUAUACAGGGUAAGCUGUGUUUCCGUGGGUUUUCCCUCCAAGUCUUCACAUAAAUGAGGGCCUCAAUCAAAGGUCGACUGGCUGUACUGAAAAAUUCAAUGCUUAAAGAUUGUUUAACUGAUGCGUCUUAGCAGGAUUUAAUGCAGCAUUAUGUUGCAAAUGAAUGUUUUAACGAUGACUAAACACUUGAAGAAAAGCUGCUUGUUAGAGUGCAAGGAGAGGACUGCUGAGCAUCAAGUGUGUGUAAAACAGAAGCUCAUGCAUAUGUAUGGAUUACCCAAGAGUAGUCAGAGACUGUGUUCAAACGAGGAGUGAUUGUGUUAGAAGGUUUCGGAAAACUUGAAUCAAAGGGUCGGCUCGUGGAAUGGUAAACACUGUUCACCGUCGAUGAGAGGAGGUGAACAAACAAGACUUGUGGGUUUUAAUUAAGUUGUUAUUCUCACACAGAAAUGACCCUCACAAGCAUCCAGCUGCUGGUAAACACUGUGCAGCGUUGUCAGGAAACUCUCACAAGGAUGCUGUCAAAUAAAUGUUUUUAUCAGACUUCACUGAGACCUUUUACAGAGAGACUCUGUCUGUGGGUAGUGCUGUGAGCCGGCCAAUAAAACAUCAACAUGGGACAGAAAAGAAGAUCAAAACUUUUUAAAGAAAUUAUCUCACAACAUUGACAUUUUUCUGUCAAAUGGCGCUGGUGUUGCAUCUUAUGGAAAACAUGUAACUUAAACAUGAAUUUCUAUCAUUAUUCUUUUUAUUAAAGACUAUUCUCUGCUGAAAUACAGUAAAACAGUACAACUGGUGAUAUUUUAGGUAUAGCACUGCCUUAUAUGUAUUAGAAAAAUCAGCCCACAGCAGCAUAUUAUACUCUGUGCCGCUGACGAACAACAUUGUCGCAUAGUCUCUUCAAUAUAAUAAACAAGUAGCCUUUUUAUAGACAUGUCUUUUAAAGCAUAGGUUGGGGUCAGUUUGGCUCUGGGACCACCUCUCUGCACAAAUAUCCACACUGUAUUUGUGGUAAUGUACAGUAAUUAUGCACAGGAUCAUUCACAGAGAGCUGUCUUUAAAAGUCUACUCUACUCUACUCUCAAUUUAGCGUCGCACUCCUAUAACGAAUCAGAAAUAUCGUCUUUGUUAUCCCACACAUUUCCUCUUCCUUGGCAAAACCUUGCGCCUACAUUACCCAGAACACAACUUGACCGCCAACACUUUGGUCAGAGAUUUUGGUAUGUUAUGUAAGUAGUGGCUAAUGUAGCCACGAGCCACCAGCUAAAUCCUGAAGGCAGUUUAAAGGUAACCUGUGGAGCUUUUGACCACUAGUAGUACUAUAGAGCUAUUUUGAUUGGGUUUAUACUCAGUGCUGUUGCUUGUUUCACACCAGUGUUCUGAUGGACAGUGGCACUGACACUCAAAAGAAGUGCACGAUUUAAAAUAUUAAAAAACUGAGCUUGGCAAAUGUUUUAUGUGGACAGAAAUGCACUCAACACAUUUGUUAAACCUCAGUGUGUUUCGGUGAAGAGCACUGAAUUUAAAAUGAACUUUUGUUGGUUUAGAGAAAGACUCCACAGGGCACUUUUAAACCUUUAACUUUGUGAACAUGGUUGGCCAACAUUUUUAAUCCCACCAGGGACUUUUUUGGUUCCCAGAUAACUGAAGCAAGUGCGGGCCUUUUCUCUUGCAGUUGUUAAGCACUUAUUCAAAACUGUUUUGAGUUGGGUUUAUUUUGCCAAAAGUCAAAAAGUUUGCUCUUUGGCUUGAUGCCCUAAAGCUAAAAGUAUCUCAGGUGCUGUUAAGAAUGCAAAAGUACAAGCUUCUCAUUGGCAACAAGAGAAAGGAAGAAGCUGGUGCUGUACAAAGAAGUUCCUGGUGGACAUGACAUCAGUAUUCUUUAAAAUGGCUCCCCCACCAUCCUCCAGACGCUGGAUGACUUGAAUCUUACUGUACCUGGAGGCCGGUCAUCAGGGCAAUGACAAGUGAAGGAAGUGGGAUCAGCUCAUGAUUAGGAUGCAGUCAAAGUGUUCUCUUGCAGUAUGCCAUGUCUGUUCUUGUGAAUUUUUCUGUCCUUGCCUUAGUCAGCAGUCAGGCCUUAUCUAUCAGUGUCACAGCAGAGGGUUGAACAAUAAAGUACAGUGUGUAAAGUG